AAUUGUCCGGAAGAUGAACCCACUCGUCGUCGCCGUCGUUCUUCGCCCUUCCAGCCACAGCGACGGUCAUCAAAAGCCAAAAGCGAGCCACUGAAGUCAUUCCGCCCGCCUUUGUUGGACUCUCACUGAUCGAAACGCUCGAUGUAUCCUUCUUUAAAGCUUUAUAAACGGAUUGUUUUCUUCUCCUUUCGAUGGCUCAUCGCAGCUACGACAACUUCCGCCUUCGGCUCUACACCGACCAAUCAGAGCAGAAGAAGUGGCACGAGUUCGACCAAUGAGGACUGACCAAAGAUCGAAAACAGUAACGAAGAGGGGGGCACCGUGUACACAGAAAAACUGUAAAACGUGGCUGUGCGUGAUGAACAAGCUUUGGGGGUCCUUGAGACAACAUUGUGCCACCAGUGCGGUCGAUGUACGCAGCCGACCCGACCGCCGCGCUCAAAUGCGUCGCACCGGCGCAGGGAGGAGAGCCGGGCGGGAAUGUCCUCGUCGUCGGGGACGGAGGAGGAGCCGGCGGGAGGCGGAGGGGGGGAGGAGGCGGGACUCGCUCACUCGCCGACGGACUCCGGAGCGGCUCCCUGGCGGGUGACGCCCGCUUGGCUGCCGAACGGAGGAUGGACCCGGGCGCCGCCGAGGUCGUUUGUGAAGGGUGGCUCCGAAAAUCGCCGCCGGAGAAAAAACUUCGCCGUUACGCGUGGAAGAGGCGCUGGUUCGUGUUGCGCAGCGGCCGGCUGAGCGGAGAGCCUCAUGUUCUACAGUAUUACAAAAACCCGCAUUCCCGACGGCCCAUCCGAACCAUCGACUUGAACCUGUGCGAGCAGGUGGACGCCGGGCUGUGGUUCACCAAGAAGGAAUUGGAGAAGAGCUUCGUGUUCGACCUGAAGACAGAGGAGAGGACGUGGUACCUUGUGGCCGCGUCUGAGGACGACAUGAACCGCUGGGUGGCGUCCGUCUGCCUGCUGUGCGGCUUCAAGCCGACGCGAGAAGGUCCUCCCAUUGCCACGGUAACAGCAUCCGCUCCGCCUCCUUACAACCAUUUGGGAUUGCGCCCCCUGGAGGCCGAUGGCGGUCAUGCGCAGGAGGACUACCUGUGGCUGACGCAAUGCCAGACCCGUGUCAGGCCCCACGAAGGUUCCUCGCCCUCUCGAGAAAGCGACAACGGUGACCACCUUUUGCCUCCUCCCUCUUCCGCCGACUCCUCGCCCUCCACUCUUGGCAUCAGCCUCCCCCCUCCUUCCUCCAGCUCCCGGACAGCGCCGUGGGCAGCGACCCCCCUGACGGGGACCCUGAGCCGGUCUCUGGACUUCAGCGUGACUCCUCACCUCCACAGAGGAGGCGGGAAGCCUCGAUGCCACCCCUCCCCGCACCCCAGGAAGCACUCCCUGGAUUUCCACCUGCGUCCCGUGGCCAUCCCCCUCUGUGAUGCCGCGCCCCGCGGCGGCUACCCGGCGCCCCGCUCGCCGCCCGUAACGCAGGCGCUACGCCGCUCCUCCACGCCGAGCGUGGCACCGCUAAGCCAGGCCGAACUGUGCGCUUCCACCCCGACCCCUCCGCCGCGGCCGCCCAAGCCCGUCGCCGUCGCAGGCCGAGGAGAGAGUCCCACCGGGGGGAACUCGCGUGGACGCUCGCUGUCAGGCUACGAGUCGCUGUCCGCCGCUCGCUCGCUGUCUGACCCAGCGAGCGCGUUCGACUUCAGCGACAGCUUCAACAGCUACUUUUUCCAUAAAGGCAUGGUACCGCUGGGCAGCGUUUGCGCUGAAGACGACGACGUGGACCAAAACUACGUUCCCAUGAGCGCCGCCGCCACGGAGCCGCCGCUCGCGAGACGGCCCUCUGAGGCGUCCGGCCAUCGCCAGGAGACCAACUACGUCCCCAUGACGCCCGUCCCCGCUCGCCUCCCCGCCUCGGCAGACCCGCCGUCUUUUGGGAGGCGGGUGCCGCCGCCCGCUCACACGGGCUUCCGUAACGCCCCCCCGACGGCCGCCGCCGCCCCCGCCCCUCCCCGCCGCGGGAGCGCGGCCGGGGGAGGGGAGCCGGAGGCCGUGCCGCCUCCCGUCCACCGCGAUCUGAAGCCGCCGCGCAGCGGGAAACCAGCUCCUCUGAACCUCCCGCCAGUGCAGCGGGAAUGGCAGGAAGUCCCGCCCCCUGUGCGCUCCCCUGUCACUCGGACCUUCACGAGAGACCCGUCCAGUCGCCAUUCAGCCAGACCGACCUCCUCGCACAGUUCGUCCCCCUCCUCCGAUUCGGACGAGCCGGGUGACAGCUACGUCGCCAUGACGACCGCCAGUCUGAGCUUCAGCGCAGGGGAACCCUCACUGAGGCUCACGCGGCACCGGACCUCCGAGGGCGGCGGGGCCGGCGCCCCGUCGGUUCAUCGAGCCACAAGCAACAAACGGGUGGAGUACCUGGACCUGGACCUCCACACGGGGCGAUCAACACCAACGAGACAGAAACGUUGCCCGGACCACCACCACGACGACGACGACGACGACGACGACGACGACGACGGCGGAGGCGACAAGCCGGCCGAGGCCGCGGGGGAGUGCGCCCGUGGCCCGCGCGUGGGCGUGGACUACGUGGUGGUGGACCCCAAGAGGACCAAGGCCCUGAGGAACACCAGGGAGGCGUGGCAUGACGGGAGGCUGUCCACGGAGAAGUGCAAAGAACACAGCUGAGAUUGAAAAAGUUCCAAGAAAAUAGUUGACACAAAUGAUUCAAGAUUGGACCGACGGCACAAAUCGGAACCAAUUAAAGAUAAGAAAUGAAGUUUUUAGGGUCACUUCAGCAGUUUACCACCAAAGAUGAUUUUGGGUGUGCGCUCAUUCUGUCGUCUGCUACUUUAUGUAAACAAAAAAUGUGAUUGAAUAAAUCAUCCAUCCAACCGUUUUCUUUGCUGCUUGUUCAGGCUUUUUGUUUCUUCCAUCUCAGGACUUCAAUCGAGCCAUUUUUGGGUUGUUUUUACAUGAACUCAAACCAUUUGUCCACUGAGUAUGUAUGAGCUUUUGAAAUUGAAAUUGUCGAAUUUUCCAAGCAGGCGUCCCCAUAUUGCCAACCAUUUGAGAACAUUUUCACUCCCGCCA